GGCUUGGUGAUGGUUGCCACGGCGACGGAUAUAAACAGUGGGCGGGGCUCCCCUCAGUUGGCAGCAGCAGCAGAGAUGCCCGGAAGCGUCUGCUCGGUGGGGGGCUCCUCCAACGCCUCCUCGGCCCGGUCCCGGUCCCAUUCCCACGUCCGCUACCGGACCAAACACGCCAGCUCCGAAGUGGACGAGAGCCUCUUCGGGAUCUCCAAGGAGGUGCAGCUCUCCCGCUCAGGGAGCCCCAUCGUGGUCCUCCGGGAGGUGGAGAAGGCCGGGAAGUCCCUCGGAUGGGGCCACAAACCCAAGACCAUCCGCAUCAUUGGCAGGGACCUCAUCCGAGACCUUGUCGUGCCGACUGUGGAUCCUUCGGGGGAGUCCCUGAUCAUCAGCCCCAAGGACUUUGAGCGCAUCAAGGAUGCCUCCCACGUCUUGACGAAAGAAGAGCGGGCGGCUCAAGAAGCAACGCUCAAGGCCGAGAGGGAAGCCAUCCUCGCCGCCGUGAACGAGCGGAAGAAAUCCAUGCAGUUGAAGGAGAUCCUGCGGAAGAAGAACGAGAAGCUGAACGACCUGGAAGAGGAGGCCAAGGAACGGGCUCAGUACCUGCUCGAGCGGGCCGCCAACCUGCGCAUGGAGCAGGAAGAGGAGAUCAAGGCGCUGAGCGAGAUCGUCCUGGAGGCGAAGUGCCACGCCAUCCGCGAUGCUCAGAUCCUGGAGAAGAAGCAGAUCGAGAAAGAGAUGAGCGAAGAGCAGAUGCGUCUGGCGAGGAUGAUGGAGGUGGAACGGCAGAAGGCCAACAAGAUGCAAGACGAGCUGGAGCAGAAGAGGAAGGAGGAGCUGUACAGGGGCAGGCGCUACAUGAUGGAGCAAAUCGAGAAGAACAACGAAUUGCAUGCCAUAAGGUCCGAGCAGCGGGAUCAAGAAGCCCAAGAGAUGCUGGACUACCUGGAGCGGCUGCAGUUCGAAGACGAAAGAGAAAUGGAGCGCCGGCGGCUGGAGCAGCUGAGGAUCCAGGCCGAGAUCCGGCAGAUCAACGACGAGAACCAGAAGCGCAAAGAGGAGAUGCUGGCGCAGGAGCGCAUGGCUGACAUGCGGGUGCUGGAGUACCAGAAGCAGAAAAUGGCGCGAGAGGCUGAGUUUGAGGAGGAGCAAAAGAGAAUCCAUCGCGAGAAGGAGAUGGAAACCGCCCGCCUGCGGGCCAUGCAAGAGAAAGCCCAGGACCACCAAGCGGAGCAGGACGCCCUCCGGGCCAAGCGCAACCAAGAAGCGGCCGAGCGAGAAUGGCGCCGGAAGGAGAAGGAUGCCGCCCACAAAAAGGCGCAGACCGAAGCCAUGCUCAAGCAGAGCCGCCUGGAGCAGGUGGCCCAGAAGGAGCACAACCUGGCCGUCCAGGUGCAAAGGGACCGAGCCGAGUUCGAGAGGAUUGUCCGGAUCCAGAAGGAUCAGAUUGCGAAGGAGCAGAAGGAGCACGAGCGGCGGGCCACGCUCCAGCAGAUCCAUGCCGACGAGAUCCGGCGCCAGGUGCGAGAGCACCAGCAGAAGCAGAUCCAGGAGCGCAUCGCCAUCUUCGAGGAGGGCAAGCGCCUGAAGGAGGAGGCGCGCCGGCGCAGCGAGCGCAUCAACGAGAUCAAGCGGAAGAAGCUGGACGAGCUCCGAGCCGUCGGCCUCCCUGAAAAGUACUGCGCUCAAGUGGAACGCAAAGCCUUUGUGGAGUCGGCCUCAGUGCGCUGAACGGGGCAACCCCAUAAAGGAACGCUGUAGCAUUUCCAUAUGUAACCUAGAUUUUCUAUUUUCUCAAAAGUAUUUUCUGAAUAGAACUAUUUCUGGA